CGCCCCUAAGCCAUCAAAGUGCUCAAGGAAGGAGAGGACAGGCUCAGAAAGGAAAAAGGACACGGAGCAGGCUGGCUUGCUGGGAAGAGGUCAGCCGGAAGGAUGUUCUCCUCCGCAAAGCCUUACGAAAACCAGAAAUACCAUGCCUUGAAGAAGGACUGCCAGAGGAGGAAAGCGCUCUUCGAGGACCCCUUGUUCCCAGCCAACGAUGACUCCCUCUUCUACAAGUCGCGGAUUCAAGGGAUCCAGUGGAAGCGACCCAAGGAUAUCUGUGAGGAUCCCCACCUUUUUGUGGAUGGAAUCAGCUGCCACGAUUUGCACCAAGGACAAGUGGGGAAUUGUUGGUUCGUGGCGGCCUGCUCCUCCUUGGCCUCCAGGGAGUCUUUGUGGCAAAAGGUCAUCCCAGAUUGGAAAGAGCAAGAGUGGUCUGCCGAGAAGCCCGAGAACUAUGCCGGGAUUUUUCAUUUCCAGUUCUGGCGUUUUGGGGAGUGGGUGGACGUGGUGAUUGACGACCGCCUGCCCACGCUCCACAACCAGCUCAUCUACUGCCAUUCCAACUCCAAGAAUGAGUUGUGGUGUGCGCUGGUGGAGAAGGCCUAUGCCAAGCUCUCCGGAUGUUACGAAGCCUUAGAUGGAGGCAACACAGCUGAUGCCUUGGUGGAUUUCACCGGCGGUGUGUCAGAACCCAUUGACCUCCUGGAAGGAGGAUACGCUGACGACGAAGCCAAGCGCAACCUCCUCUUUGAGCGGGUGCUCAAGGUCCACAACCGGGGAGGCCUCAUCAGCAGCUCCAUCAAAGCCACCUCAGCUGCGGACAUGGAAGCCCGCCUGGAUUGUGGCUUGGUCAAGGGACAUGCUUACGCCGUCACCGAUGUGAAGAAGGUCCGCCUGGGCCAUGGCCUCUUGGCCUUUUUCAAGUCGGAGAAGCUCGAUAUGAUCCGGCUGAGGAACCCGUGGGGGGAGAGGGAGUGGAACGGACCGUGGAGCGACACCUCUGAAGAAUGGCAGAAAGUCAGCAACAGUGAAAGAGAAAAGCUGGGGAUGACUGUGCAGGAUGAUGGAGAAUUUUGGAUGGCGUUUGAUGACUUCUGCAAGUAUUUCACGGACAUCAUCAAGUGCCGCCUCAUCAACACGUCUUACCUGAGCAUCCACAAGACCUGGGAGGAGGCGGUCCUGCGGGGGGGAUGGACGCGGCACGAAGACCCCCUGAAGAACCGGAGUGGAGGGUGCAUCAAUAACCGGGACACUUUCCUGCAGAACCCCCAGUAUGUUUUUGACGUGAAGAAAACAGAAGAUGAAGUGCUCAUUUGCAUCCAACAGAAGCCCAAACGGACGAGUCGGAAGGAAGGCAAGGGGGAGAAUUUGGCCAUCGGGUUUGACAUCUUCAAGGUGGAGCUGAAUCGGAUGUACCGGAUGCACACUUUGCAGCCCAAGGUGGCCAGCUCCAUCUACAUCAACUCCCGCAGCGUCUUCUUGAGGACGGACAUGAAGGAAGGCCGCUACGUCAUCAUCCCAACCACCUUUGAGCCAGGCCAUGUUGCAGAGUUUCUUCUCAGGCAGUUCACAGAUGUGCCUUCCGAUUGCCAGGAGCUGACCCUGGAUGAGCCUCCGCACACUUGCUGGAGCGGCAUGUGUGGCUAUCCACAUCUGGUGUCCCAAGUCCAUGUCAUCUCAGCUACUGGACUGAAGAACCAAGGCUCAGCAGAAGGAGUGGAUCCCUACGUGAUCAUAAAGUGCGAAGGGGAGAAGAUCCGUUCACCAGUGGUGAAGAACACCACGUCUCCAGAAUUUGACGUGAAAGCCUUGUUCUACCGGAAGAAGCCGGGGCAGCCAGUCCUCAUCCAGGUCUGGAACCAUAACCUCCUAACAGAUGAGUUCCUGGGCCAAGUCUCUCUGGUGGGAGACCCCAACGAGCUGCAUCCUUUGCACAUCAUCCAUCUCCAAGACAAGGGCGGCAAGCGAGCCAACGACCUUCCGGGCACCAUCCAGGUGCAGUUGCUCACCAGCAGCAUCCUGACCAACAUCUGAAAGACAAUCCCUUUUGUGCCAUUAUAUACAGGUGUACAUACAAUCUUACGAUAGACAGUGUAGGGUGUCAGAAAACUAUCUGUACAAUAUCAAUUGUAUAUAAAACCAAAGGUGCAGCUACACUGUGGAAUUAAUACAGUUUGACGCCACUUUGAGUGAAAGCUCUGGAAUCCUAGGAUUUGUACUUUUGUGAGUCGCCAGCACUCUUAGAAAGGAGGCUAAAGGCCUUUUGAAACUACAACUCUUAUUUUUCCAUGACAUUGAGCUGCAGCAGUUAAAGUGGUACCAAACUGCAUUAAUUUUGCAGAGUAGAUACACCCUGGGAUUGUAAAGGUAAUUUCUGGACGCCCUGUAUAUACAUAUAUAUACAUAUACAUAUAUAAAAAUACGCACACACAUACAUUUGAUGGGUAAUGUAUGAUGUGUACCAUGCAUGCAUGCAUUUAUAAAAGGGGGGGGGACCAUCUCAUGCGUUCGAAUUUUUUUGGUUACUUUACAUUUUUUUAUACAAAGGUGCCUUUUUUCAAAAUGAUUGUGUUUAUGGGUCUUUGUUGUUGUCGUUGUUGUUGUUUUCCUUUCUGAGCAAA